AUGAGUCUCGAUAUCCCCCGUUCAAACUACGGCUUCUUGCCCGAAACACACCCAUAUGCCGCCCCCCUUUCUUCUUCGGCAUCCUCUUCCACCUCAUCAGUAUUCUCAGACGCUGCAUCACAGACAUCCAGCGCAAGCUCCAGAUCAACCCAUUCCAAUUGGGACUCGGAAGAAUGGAGUCGCAGCCAGGCCGCACAGUCAUCCGCUGUCGACGCCACCAGCCUUUCUUCGUUUCAACAACUUAGCAGAGUAAGCACUUUCCCUCAGUACCAACAUGCAGCAUGCCGCGACUCCAUGCCAGAGAGGCUCCCUUCUCUGCGCGCAGAGUUCUUGGUCCCACCGGAGCAGCGACAGAAUCCACGUCGAUCGUCGGCGAACGUCAACCAAAGACCUCCGCCCCAGCUCGUCCGGCAAUCCGAUCGCAAGGUCAACUUCGUCGAUUGCCUCGUCGAGGUCAUCUGGCAGCUGUCUGAGCCCAAGAGCCGCUGUGAGAAUGCUUCUGGACGCGGAGUACUUCCUCUUCGCAUGUUCAUCCAGGAGACUCUCCGCCGAUCACGCACCAGCUACUCUACGCUCCAGGUUGCUCUGUACUACUUGAUUCUCAUCAAGCCCCACUUGCCCAAGCAUGACUUUACCAUGUCACAGCCUGAAGACGCUUCUCUUCGCGCCCUCCAGUGCGGUCGUCGCAUGUUCCUUGCUGCGCUCAUCCUCGCAUCAAAGUACCUGCAAGACCGCAACUACUCAGCUCGCGCGUGGAGCAAGAUCUCUGGCCUCAAGGUUUGUGAGAUCAACACCAACGAAAUAGCUUUCCUCGAGGCUGUCAACUGGAAACUCCACAUUGUUGAUUCGAUCUGGGAGAAGUGGCAAGAGGUCGUUUUGCGAUAUACUCCUACCCUUCCCCCUCCUUCACCCGGAGCUUCCAUUCUCAACCACUGGAAGGAUGUCAUUCCCAUGUUGACACCUGAGCUGGAAAUCAUUGAGGUGACCCCCAAGGCUUCCAGCGCUCCUGUUCGCCCGCCAUUGAGGACACAGCUGAACGCAUCGCCCUACCGUCAGCCAUCUCUUGACGGAUGUGGAUCGCAAGAAAGCACGCCAACUUCCUCUCUCUACCAGGUGCCUCGUUUCUUGGAGCCAAAGCCAGACCUUGUUCGCACACCAUCUCUGCCGUCCAUGGCUCGCUUGGGUCCUCUGCCUACGCCUUCACUGACACCGCAGCCAAUUGCCAACAACACCCCUGUUGCGGGUGCCAUGUCUUUUGGACUGCGACGUCCGUCAAUGUGCACGGCAAUGCAACAGGCACAGUGCUCGUCAUUGGCGCGCUCUUGCGUGGAUCAGUUCAACCCAAGCAUCAAGAACGGUCUGGAAGCCUACCACUUCCCGAGUCGACGACCAUCCUUGGCUGCAUCGAACGGUUCCCUAUCAUCUCCAGAGUCCAUGAUCUCGGAUAACUCACGCUCAUCACGUGCCUCGUCAAUCUCGUCAGUUUCAUCCGCCGGUUGGGCGCCAAACCAAAGUCAAGCCAAUUUGGCCCGACUGGCGACCUGCCGUAGCGCAAAACUACCGUACCCGACGUUGUCCAAGUGCAAGGAGCAAUACGAGUACGCCCCGAGCGAGGCCCUGUCCUCUCCUGAUCUGGAUAGCUUUCACAUUGAUGAUUCGGAUUCUUCACCUGCCAAGAUUGCGAGCCCUGCCGUUGUCGCUCCUGCUAGUCGUAAGCGCGGAAGGUCGUCUGUUGAUCUCCAGCAAAACGUGCGACACCUCCUCCACACCACCCGCUCGGCAUUUGAUCUUCGCCACAAGACUGUCCUUCCUGACCGAUCGGUUGUACAGCCAUUCGCCUUUACCUCGCGCAGUGAACCAAAGGGGCUGCAGUCCCCUAAGAACGCCGCGCCAGGUUGCUCGCGUCUACCGGUCCAGAAGGACUUUGGCAAGAAAAGAUCAUGCUGCAGCACAGAGGCCGCGCAGGCAUACCGCCCGCAAGGCCCUGGCAUGUGGGCUGGUAUCCUAUGA